GCGUCACCAGUCAUUCAAAUUCAGAGGAUGAGUAUUGCUCACGCCAACGAGAAGAGAGUAUGAGUGUUUAGUUCCGAACAUUCAUAGUAGCCUAAGUUGUGCCACGUUCUUUGCGAGUUUUAGUCAAUUAACAUUAUUAUUGGAAUUUAGCGUCAAUCUUGAGCAGGCAAUGUUGAACGAAGCUUCGGGUCAGAAGUACUUUGAUGUUCGAAACUUUAUGAAGACGGGUACUCAUAGAAGCGCCAGGACAUCAUUUGCAUGAAACUGCAGCAAGAUCAAGACGUUGAGUCCAACUGGACCCGAUUUCAAAGAAGCUGGGAAACAAGCCUGGGGAAAAGGACUGAGGACCACGACACCUGUGCCCAGUCUACUCCCAAAACGAACCCCUCCCACAAAAAAAGAAACCUUAAAUCUACCAUGUCUCUCAACACCUUCCACCUGAUGGAGACCCUCAAGAACUCCCCGUCCGUUUUACGCCGCCGCUUCCGCCGUGACCGCACCGAGUCCCUCUCCCACGGCGACCCGCUCUUCAAGGUCCACUACCUGGGCACUGAGAAAAUCUUCUCCCUGGAUCUACAGCAGGCCCAGGAUGCCAUAGCCCGGCUGCUCGACGGGGCCUCCAACGGAAAGAAACUGAGCAAAGACCACGCAUUGGUGGUUCGUCCACGCUAUGUUGAAGUCAAAGAGCUCAGCACUGGACGCCAGCUCACUAAGACGUACCUCCAGGACAUCGCCUACUGCGCGGCCGACGCCACCAGACCCAACGUGUUUCUGUACAUCUGUAAGCAUCACGGGCAACAGCUGCACUGCCGGGUGUUCUGGUGUAGCCGGGCAGAGCGGGCACGGGACAUGACGGCCUGCCUGGCACACUCCUUCCAGAGGGCACUGAAUGACUGGCAGGGGGACGGGGACGUUGGGUUAGGGGGAAGUACCGACACGCUGACCCCAGAAAAGGACGGGGUGAAGGAGGGAGAGGAUAUGCCCAGCACCACUACUAACCCCAAAAGCUCCAUACAACCAGACAACUGUGGAAGAGUCCGUUGGAAGAAGAGGAGCUCCCUGUCUCGUAGUCCACUGAGAGCCAUGACCAGGAAGGGCUCUGCCUCUGACAUCUGGCACUGAGUCCCCGAUCCCCAGCAUGGGACACGGAACUGACAUCCCCAGUGGCUAGCUACAGCACGGAUGGAGGGAUUGAAAGAACCCACCACUACUGGACACAACAGGAUUGAAAAAAAAGGAGUGUGAGGGAGAUCACUGCUGGACUUUCUUUCAAAUGAGACAUUGCCUUGCUUACAUGGUGAGUCUACAGUACCGUUCAUGACUGGCAUGAAUGGUAGCCUACAAACUGUGGAAGUUAAUGACUAGCUAGCUACCUUGGCUUUUGCCUCUGGAUUACUAGAGAACAAGGUGCUAGGUUGAUAGCGUUGUACUGUACGCUGUUGGUAGAAACCAGUAUUCACCUCAGUGGCCUUGUGACUCGCUUUCACUGUUGGAACGCUUCAAGGCUAAACUGCUAAUUUCCAAUGCUACUCCAAGUUACUUGUUUUCCACUGAGUGGCCUUGAUACUCUGAACUGUCAGUUAUGCUUAGAAGAAAGGAGCUCAAGGUCCUGUGUGCCUUUUUUAGCUAGACAAGGAUAUGACUACAGAGUUUACCAAACCUCAAUUUCCUCUCCAUACAAUGCUGAACACAGCCUGGACUGGUUGAAACUGGUCAGACAGUCAUGGCAAUGUUACAAAUGUUUUUUUAAAAAACAGACGUUUGUAUUUAUUUUAAUGAGAAGUCUUGUUUGUAACACACGUUUCAUGCACCUCUUCUCUUCCUGAAACACUAGAUUGUUUUUUUUAAAGGGAGGAGGAGCUUAAGUUUGAGCCGAAUGUGAGCAGUGUUCGUCUUGGGAGAGGGGUUAAAAACGGAGGUGUGUGUGAGAGGGUUCAUGGGGCAUAAAGGGUUCAUUUAAAUUUAAGCAGACCAUAGAAGAACAUGGGCUAUGUUGACAUAAUUACACAGUAGUGUGCGUUCAUAGGCAGGGUUCUAAUACAUUUUAGUAUCAAUUAUUCGGUUCAGACUUCACCACGUGUAAUUUAGUCCAGUUGUUCCCAACCUUUUUCGGUCACUGUACCACCAACUGAAUUUCUCUGCCUGGAGUACCCCUGAAGUACACCCUCAUGUGCAUUUUACCAGUAGGACUAUGGUCUCAUGAGUCUUAUCAAGUACCCCCUGUGGCUAGACCAAGUACCCCCAGGUGUCCUAGUACUCUUGUUGGGAACCACUAGCCUAGUCAAUGCACACUGACUGUUCACAUUAUUUAUUUUUUGUCAUAACAUAUUACUUACUAUUCAAGUAAAAUGUAAUCCUAAAUCAAGUAAAAUGUAAUCCUUAAUUAAGUUCCAUAAGCUUAAUUUGUUCCUAUAAGGUGUUAGUGUUUGCUAGAACUGAGUUUUUCUUCUUCUUCAUACUGUCACAGGAGGUUGGUGGCACCUUAAUUGGGGAGGACAGACUCGUAAUAGCUGGCGUGGAAUAGUAUCCAAUACAUCAAACACAUGGUUUCCAUGCUUUUGCCAUUACAUUUGUUCCGUUCCAGCCAUUAUUAUGAGCUGUCCUCCCCUCAGCAGCCUCCAUUGAUGUAUGUAUAUAUUUGCAUUUAUGUGGAAAAAUCACUCACCCAUGAUCCUCCUUGUUCCUCAUUAUUCCCGUGUGGGUGAAGUAUAACCCUGGGUGAGUGAUUUUGGGGGCAUGUGUGGGGCAGGAAUGUUGGUUUGGAACUUCGGCAGUGCACCUGCAUUCCUAUGGGGACAUUAAAGUUCUCGUAUCCUCCUUGGCUCUGCCCACUCUCUCCCCUCAGUCUGGCUUAACCUAACCUCAUGACUCUGCAUGUUUCAUAGCAUUAGUGUGUUGGCGUCCUGGCCCCAAGCUCAAAUACCGGUCUACACACAAGCACUCUCCUCACACACUUUCUCAUGCCACAUCCGCUCAUUCCAUACAAUAUACUUCUGACUCCUCUGACCACCACGUCAGGGUUGUAUUCAUUGGGCACCUCAUAUCUCCAUGGUUUACAGUGAAAGGUGCCUCAGUUAUUUGACUUGACAAGAUGUCAAUGAUAUCAAUGGAUAGUUUUUUUUAAAACCAUUUUAUUUUAAAUGACUGUUGUGCAUCUCAAACGACAAAUGGCACAACCCCAUCUUGGGAGGGCAAGUGUCUGGUUUUAUGUUGUACUUGUUUUGUACAUCCUUGUUUACAUAUUUUUAAAUGCGUGUAAGCUAUGGAAUAAACUUUCAUACAAUGAUA